AUGUGCAAGAGUGUGUUGGAGCAUUAUGUCAACAAAAGCUGGCUCAACCAAAUCAAUAUUUUGGAGUUUGCUUUAAAGAUAUUGAUUGCAAAAACAGUUGUUUCGAUUCAUGCCAAUUUCAAAAAUGUAAUCGUCACAUAUGCGACUGCAAAAAAU